AUGCCCCCUUCCCUCGAUGACACGCGUGGCCCAGGAACAGUCUUGCGCAUUCCGGACACUCUCGCUUCCUGGCCUUGGCCGAGGGCCAUCAAUCCUCACUAUGAAGAUUGCAAGCGCGAGUCCUCGGCAUGGGCUAAGGGCUUCCACGCUUUCGGUCCUAACGCCCAGACAGCCUUCAACAAGUGCGACUUCAGUCUAUUGGCUUCUUUAGGUUAUGCUGGCCUUGACCGAGGUAAAAGUCCAAAAGCUCAUAGCUUUGUGGCGCAUGUCUCUACCGCCCCGGAAACACGUAUACAGGCAGACAUCAUCGUGGACGCCGUUCAAAUGAGUGGGUUGGAGGAGAAGUUCUGGCAAAAUGCCACCCAAAUUGCCACUCGGAGUGCGCAGACGAGGUUCAUCGAUGCCUUCGAGCAGUACACAGAUGCCGUCGUGCAACAGUCGCUCGACCGCAGCAAGGGCUCUCUCUAG